CCUUCCUUCGUCCUCACAGCAAACACUUCCCCCCCAUCUUCGGAUCUCUCUCUCUCUCUCUCUUCAGAUUUUACUUCUUCGUGUGUAUGCAAAACAAAGAGCUUUUCAAUGGCAGCCUCAUGCAAAUCCCAGAUCCUUCUCGUGAUCAUGCUCACAAUUUGGCAAGCUCUUUCCGUUGCAUCAGCUGCCAGGCCCUUGAAUCGCAUCGUUCCGCCGCCAACUUCACCUGAUCCUGAGCCGGCCUCCGCCUUGUAUCUCGCUCUUCCCCGCCGCGGCGACGCAGUCGAGGCUGUCGUGAUCCCUGCCGGCCUCGUGACUGAGCUCGGCAUAAUUGUCCCCGGUGAGGAGAUGGGUUCGAGGUCGAUCUCCAGCCCUACAGCUUCCGGUCUUCCGAGAAGAGGAGGAGGGUCCAGAACAUUCGGACCCAUGUUCUUGAAUUUCCUUCCUAAAGGGUCUCCGCCGCCUUCCGGACCCAGUAAAGGCACCAACAGUCUCAAGAACUAGCACUCUUUGGUUACAGAAAACCACCCUCAAUAGAUUGAUUUUUCUUCCAACUUUUUCUUUUUUUGCUUUCCAUUUGAAUUCUACAUAAUGACCCGGACAGAGACAGAUGGUUUUGCUGUUUUAGAAGUUUUAUAGAAUGAAGCAGAUUAUUCAGACG